AAGUGCGGCGUGGGAGCCUAGUCAGAGCCCUUCCUCCUGGCCCCAGGUCCGUCUUCAGGGCCGAGGUGUCGCAGAAGAAGCGCGAGCGGCUCCUGAGCGGGGAGGACACCGAGGAGCGCUCCGAGGAGCACCGGCUCCUGAUGGCCUGGAACGACGCGGAGAACGCGCGGCAGCGGGCCCGGAGGGAGGAAAGAAUUAGGAAAGAAGAAGAAGAGCGGAAGAGGCAGAAGUUACAGGCUGCGGAGAACAAGGCCAAGCUAAUGGAGGCUCUCCUGAAGGAGAAGGAGAAAGAGGUUCUCCAGCUGCAGGAGGAAGCCAAAAAGUUUAUCACCCCCGAAAACCUGGACGCGCGAAUUGAAGAGUGCCUGGACAAUCCUCGCAACUACAACUUUGCCAUCGACAAAGAAGGAAGAAUAAUCAAACGGACUGUUCUGCCCUAGCGACUCCGCUGACAGAUGUGGCUCGGCCUGGUCGUGGUUGGGAGGGGAGGUUUUGUCGUGGUUUCUGUCCAGGUGCCGAGAUAAUGGCAGGGGCUGGCAGAAGGAGGUUUCCUCCUUCGAAUGCACGUAUCAACCAUAGAAUUGUUGGAGAAACAGCCUGCAGGUCUAGCUGUGGUCCCUGUGCUGAAGGGAUAACGCCUGCAAUUACAAAGGUAGGGGGAGAGGGAGAAAGCUGAACUUUAAAUUAAAUCCUGCUGUUUUGAACUGUG